ACUCAAAUUGGUUACAUUUGGUAUCGAGACUGCAGACUGCGUUAACGCGGAACACGGAAAAUUAUUAUUCAACCAUUUGUCGAAGCGGGUAGCGGUUUGGCCACCACAUUGAUUCAUAUCACAAAAAAAGUUAUUGUCACAAUUGAAAUCACAACUAAAACCUAGAAAAAAAGAAAUUUUAUUGGAGACAUCACUGUUGACUCAUAGCAAUUCAAUUAAUUGAACCAACAAUUGUUUCACAAUGACAGAAAGUGAAUUAAUUGUCAAAACUACCUUGGGUCCCAUCAAAGGCCGCCAGUGCGUGGGCGUUUAUGGUCAUGAGUUCUAUAGCUUCGAGAAAAUUCCCUUUGCUGAAGUUCCCGUUGGCGAGUUGAGGUUUAGGCCGCCACAACCCAAGCAGCCAUGGUCGGAAGUGCUGGAUUGCACUCAGCCAGCGAUAAAGCCACUACAGAAAAACAUGCUCACCAAUCAAUUUGAGGGAAGCGAAGAUUGUUUAUAUUUGAAUAUUUAUACCAAACAGUUGAAAUCAGAGAAACCUUUGCCGGUAAUUGCGUUUCUCUUUGGUGGAGCCUUUGAAAAGGGUGAUCCAACGGCGGAUUUACAUGGCCCAGACUAUUUUAUGAUGAAGGAUGUUAUAUUUGUUACCAUUGGUUAUCGAUUGGGACCAUUUGGUUUCAUGCAAUUCAAAGACCCUGAGUUAAAUGCUCCCGGCAAUAAUGGCUUCAAAGAUCAACUUGUUGCCUUGCGUUGGAUUAAAGAGAAUAUUGCCAAAUUUAAUGGUGACCCAGACAACAUAACUCUCAGUGGUGAAAGUGCAGGAGCAGCGGCAGCCCAUUACCUAAUGUGUUGUCCUUUGGCCAAGGGUCUGUUUCACAAAGCCAUUUUAAUGUCGGGUAACAUACUAUGUUCCUGGGCUUAUCUGUCCUUGGAAAAUAUACCCUACCGCCUGGCCAAGGCCUGCGGUUACGAGGGACCGGCUGACAAUGAAAAACUUAUUUUCGAGUACUUAAAACAACAACCUGGCGAAAAUUUACUUAAACCCUAUGUAAAUACAAAAGAAGAAAAUCUCAAUGAUAUGCUAUUUACCUUUGGACCUUGCAUUGAGCCGUAUGAAAGUGAUCUGUGUAUUAUAAAUAAACAUCCGGAACAAAUGUUGGGUGAAUCAUGGGGUAAUCAUAUACCAGUAUUAAUGAGCGGCACCUCGUUUGAGGGUCUACUUAUGUUUCCCCGAGUACAUAUGGCACAAUUUCUGGUGACCGAACUGGAAAAUAAUCCCCAACAUUGUUUACCUCUGUCGCUGAAAUCGAAAUAUCCUGCGGACCUACAGCGGGUGUUGGGAGGAAAAAUUAAGGAGACCCACUUUGGUGAUAGACCGGCGACAAUGGAGAAUGUCAUGCGAUAUUGUGAGUACGCUACCUACAAAAUAUUUUGGCAUCCCAUUUUGCGCUUCAUCAAGGCACGCACAGCGGCUGCACCCACCUACCUGUAUCGCUUUGAUUUCGAUUCGCCCGACUUCAAUCAUCAACGCAUCAAAUACUGUGGCAAACAGAUGCGUGGCGUCGCACAUGUCGACGAUCAUUCGUAUCUGUUCUAUGGCAAUUUCUCGUGGAAACUAUCCCCGGAGACCGAUGAAUACAAAACCAUUGAACGUAUGGUUGACAUUUGGUACUCAUUUGCCGUGCAAUCGAAUCCCAAUGGGGGGACGAUUGAAAAGGAGCUGUUAAACGGCAGUUCCUGGUUGCCGGUAAAUCAGACGACAAGUGUUGGCAAUCUCAAAUGUUUAAAUAUUAAUCGAGACUUGGCAAUAAUUGAUUUACCCGAAAUGAAAAAGCUGCAAGUGUGGGAGAGCAUCUAUGAAGAAGAUGUGCCGGCAUCGCAAUGAAUGUGAAAAAUGAAAACAAGAAAAAAAAAACUAAAUAAAAUUUGUGUGAUUUUUAU